UGUGUGUUUUAAAAUGGCGGACGCUGAAAAUCAGAAGAGGUAUUAUGUGGAAAAUUUUUCCUUAAAAACUCGGAGUACAGUUGUUUUUUGUUCUCUGUAUAAUAAUUCUAGAUUUAAAAAAUAUCACGAGAGUUAAAAGGCUGUCGUUUUUUGUUUUACCCACGGGGACACUCUUUGUAUUGAGGACUUUUUUCCUCAUCUGUUUCAAAUGUACGCUGUGCAAAACGCUCUGUGAAAAGACAAGUGAACAUUUUUUUCCGUUACAAUUGACUCACUCUCUUUACUUUUAUUUCAUCAGGUCAAGGAACUUCAAGAAGAAGUUCAAAGGGAAGGGUGAUGAUGCUAAACGGAAAUUUAAGCCAAAAAAGUUUUCUAAGGAUUUUAGGGGAGAGAAUUCUCCUGGACAAAAACGGAAAGCCAACGACACAAAUGCAGAUGGUUACAGAAAGAAGUGGAAGGGUGAAAUAGGAAGUCAAGAUGGUAAAAAAGGAUAUAGACGAUAUGACAACAAUGAUAAACGUUUUUCAGUUAAUGGCAAAGGAUCACGGAACAGUUAUGUGAAAGGAAACUUUGUUGGUGAUAAAGCCAUGAAACGAAAGUUAAGUGAUGGUAAGGGAUCUGACUUCGGGAAAAAGAAAAUUUUUUCCAGUUCUUGGGAAAAUAAGGAUGGUGAGUAUAUCGUGUCGUGAUUCUCUGUAUUCUGUAAAUUAACCCUUGAACUCCUUAAGAGUAACUGGUAUCAGUAUCUUAUUUCUCCUUUUGAUAUCACUUCUGAAUCAAACAAUUAGGUCACGAGAAUAAAGGAAAUGAUCACCAAUUGAAGAAGCUCUUGAUUGUAAGAUAAAUGGAGAAUAUAUAUUCUGAACUUUAAUUGUGGGAAAUAGUAGUAAAUGCUGUUGGAAAGUGCUCAAUACACAUGAGUGUAGAAUGAAAUACAGUUCAAGUGACUAAAAUGAAACACGCAUGAUUCCCUGUUACCCUGAGUUUCAUGCUUACGCACUCGUCAGACAGAUUUAAUGAAAGUGCAUAAGCAGGAAACUCAGAGUAACAGGGAUUCAUGUGUGUUUCAUUUUAGUCAUUUUGAACUGUAUUCUGAACUUUAUAAUGUAGUGCUAUCCGGUAGACUGUGCAGCUUGAUUUCUCUUCUGAGGCAAUUUCAGCAUGAAAAUAUUAAAAUGAGAGUCAUGAAGUUGUUCUUCUCUUUUGGUACUGUCUUCUUCUUUUUCACACAGUGAAAUGCACUUUGACAGAGUUAACAACAAAGAGCUUUAGCAUUCUCUGGAAGUCCAUGGUUUUUGUAUAUGCACAUGCAAGGGAAUUCUAUGUGCUCUUUGUUUCAGAGUUUCUUGCAUGUGCUUUGAGUGCAAACUUUCAGUAUUGUUUGGAGUGGCAGCUUAUCAUUCAGGCAGUUUUCUCCAUCCCUUCCCUCCCUUUUUCAACUGUUUAUUCAGUGUGACGGGUGUCUGUUUCCCUUUCCUGUGUGGGGGCUCAUGACUGCAUUGCCAGGAUUUACCAGCCUUGGGAGCAGUCUCCAUUCUGGAGCGGACAGCCAAUAGUGGAAGCUCCUUGUAUGAGUCUAUUACAUGUACUUGAGUUCACAAUGUAUGUUUUCAUUAAAUUGUAAAUUUGGGUGUCUCCACUUAAUCUUGUAGAAUCCGAUGAGAAGCCCAAUAUCUGGCAAAUGAAGAAAAAAGAAAGAAAAGACUUUCGCCGCCAACAAGAUGAAAGCUAUGAUCUGGUUCAUGGUCUUAAAAAACUCUAUGAGACUAUUAGAAGGUGUGGUAGCUUGAAAGUUGUAAGGCUGCAAAUAUAAUGCAGCAAAUUUCUAUUCCAAUUUUUCCUAGUGAAACAGGGUUGUUCACUGGUCCUAGUAUGGAUCUAAAUGUCUUAUGACUUUUCUCACCUCAACUAGUAUACUUAUCAGGAGGAAAAAUUGAUGCCACAGUGAUUGAUAUUUUUCAUUUCAUCUGUUUUUCAGAAAGAAGUGCUCUAAAGCAGAGAAGACAGAAUUGGUUGAGAAGAUACUGAGUCUAAUUGCUGGUCAUACUCAUGAUGUGAGUACAAGAAUUUAGGGAUGAAUAAGCAAGUUAUAUGCAUUUUUCCAAUUUCAUUUCAAAAUAUGUUAACUUUAGUAAUUUAUUUUCCCCUCUCUCUAUUUAACUGUAAUUCCAGGUAAUUUUCAAACAUGACACAGGGCGUGUGAUUCAGGCUUGUGUUAAGUUUGGUACUGCAGAACAAAGACAGAAGUUAUUUGAGCAGUUUAAAGGUAAUUCAUUGUCUUGGAGAAAUAUUAAACUAAAAAUUUGUUUCAAUCAAAAAUGAUUUCAUAACCAACUCAAGUCAUGUUUGAAUUUUUGUGUUAAAGGUGAUUUUGGAGAACUUAUCAAGUCAAAAUAUUCCAAGUUCUUUAUCAAAAAAUUGUUAAUUUAUGGGUAGGUACCUUAUCAGCAUUCUUUAACUGAACUCGGCACUUUUGUUAAUGGUGUAAUUUAGCUAACUGGACAGAGGUUUUUCAUUUUCAUAUUCUUAGUUCAGUCUGAAUAUAGACAGUAAACUGAAAGUAAAACAGUGUUGUUGUCUGAUUUCUGUUCCAUCAUUUUGAGAAAUCACUAAUUUUAAUAAGCAAAUGUUUUCCACAGUCCACAAUCAUGGACACUACCUUUGAUAGAUUCUAUUGGAAAAGACACUCUGGUUUUUGUGGCUUGAAAUGAUUAACUCUCAACAUUCAUACCCUUUUAUAUGAUUAACUCUUUAACUUCCAAGAUCUGAUUAUUAACCCUUUAACUCCCAAAUCAAAUUUGUAAUUCUCCUUACUGUCAACUAUAUAAUGCUUAUAACUUUAGCUCAGUGAAUUUAGUAUUGGAUCAACUAAUUAUUUGCAAAUUGAUAUUUUUCUUUAUUCUCAUAACUUAUCUGUUUGAUAUUGUAUUGAUAUUGUAUGGAGAAAUUCUGUCUUGAUCUUUCAUAGGAGUAAAAGGGUUAAUUAUCCCCUUAAGCUGCUACACAUUUCCUAGUAAAUCAGUUAUGAGAAUUUGAUUUUAGAUCUAGAUGACAACUUAACUUCAAGUAGAUAAUUUUGAGUACUGUCAUUGUCUCUUUGUUGAUUGAUGUAUAUGUAUCAUAGGGAGAAGUUUCAUAUGAAUUACUUCUGAGACUUAAUGGAUUUAAGUACAUGAAAGGAAAAGGUGUUUUAAUCAGUGUAACAUCUCAUUUUCAAUAUCUUUAGAACUUACUUGUUUUAUAAGUAAAUUAAAUGAAGAGAAAAAUUUAUUAUUUAAGAUAAUGGGAAAUUUUGGUCUUUUCAAUCAGAACAAAGAAACAGCGGGAUGUUAUUAUCAAGUGCUUUUAUGGGCAAGUUCGCAAACUUAUCAGACACAAGGUGAGAUUAUGAUUUUAAUGAUGAUACUGAUAAGGCUCUCUAUGACAUAAGCUUGAUUUAUCAAUAUUUAUAUCUAUGUAUGGCUAACUUAGACGAUUUUUAUCGAUUUUUAGGAGGCAUCAUCUAUUCUAGAAACUAUAUACAGUGAUUAUGCAAACUCUGCCCAAAAAGCCCAUCUUAUACAGGAAUUCUAUGGAGCUGACUUUGCUUUUUUCAAGGUACAUGUAAUCUAGCAUUAAAAAAUUAAUAAAAAAAUGAAAAAAUAAUUCCAUCCAAGUGAUCUUUUGUUAUCUCCAGAUUCUUAUAGUUAAUUUUGAGUAAAUUACCAUCAUGUAGUUGUGCUUGCCUCAACUUUCAUCUGCCUUUCUAGUCAUCAGAGCUAAAUUCUUUGGAAAAAGUUUUGCAAUCAGAUCCAGCAAGGAAAACUGGAAUCCUCAAGUACAUGAAAGAUGCCUUGCUGCCUCUUAUAGACAGGUAAAGUUUAAAGAUGAAAAUAUCUUUAAUAACCUUGAACCCUUGACAACUUAGAUCUCAUUAGCAAUUCUGACUCCUUGUUGCUGGCUUAGAAAUCUUAUGAUAUUAUUUGUGAGAACUUGGUAUCGGGUCAACUUAUAAUCCCCCAGUUGAUACUUUUCUUUAUACUCAUCACUUGUGUGCUUGAUGUUGUGGUGAUAUUAUGAAGAGAAAUUCUGUCUUGAUCACUCAUGGGAGUUAAAGGGUUAAGGACUUAGUACACCCAGGCCAGAUUAAGUAUUAAACUUUUUACAUACAGCACGAACACAAAGAGGUUAAAACUUCUACUUGACUGGAGUUAAUACAAAAUUUCUUUUUUCUCUCUGAUUAUGUCAAGCAUUGUACCAUCAAGUAACAGCUGGUGUUUUGCUUAAUUUUCAUGUAAAUAUAUUUGAACACAGGAUGAAAAUCUGCAAGAUUAUCUGUCAAAGUUGAAAAUGAUAUCUUAAUACAAUUUGUAUUGCCUGUGGAUAGAGAUAAACAGCAUAAUAUUAAUUUAUUUUGUAUUACUUUUUUCCAUAGAUCUGUCAUUGGUCAUAGUAUAAUUCACAGAGUCCUUCUUGAAUACCUCACAUAUGCUGAUGAAAAUGCAAGAUCAGUACGUACUUCAUCCUCUUUUCGUACCAGUACAUUGCGAAGCCUCACUUCUUAUACAUAGUUGUAUCUUUUCUGUAGGAAAUGAUAGAGCUAAUCAAAGAUUCUGUUGUUCUCAUUCUUCAUACUCAUGAUGGAGCCAGAGUUGGUAUGCAUUGUUUGUGGUAUGGGACUGUAAAGGCAAGUCUAGAUUCUGUUGUUUAUUUAUGUUGAAAUCUGGUAACUUUAAUUUUUGAAAUAUCUUUUGAUGUCUCAUAUGUUUACCAGAACCAAAAUAAUUUGAUUAAGCUAUUUGACUUUAUAACAACCCUGAGGAGCAUACCUGAGAGGUUGAGUUCUAAGUAUGACAUGUUACAUAGUAAAUUUAACUUGAGUUUUUCAGACCUGAAAUAAAGUGAGUUGGUAAGAAUUACUUUUGACAUUAUUUCAUUUUACAAACCCUCACCAAUAUUUAAAGACUUAAGGUGAUUUUUUUGUUGUUCUUGUAUCUCUUUCAAGGAUCGUAAAGUACUUGUCAAGUCCUUCAAAAGUUAUUAUGUAAAGAUCUGUAAAGUAAGAGUUGUAUUAUGCUGUGAUGUGAAUUGAAUGAAUGCAUUAGGAGGUCUUAAAUUUUCCUCAUGGUGUACUUCUUAUGAGUUAGUCUGCCAAAAUCUUAGGUCAGUCCCUUAUGGUCUUAAGUUGGUUCCCUAACAUCAAAGAUUGGUCAGCAAGCAAUAUCUUACAUUUGCUUUGUUCCCUAACAUCUUAGACAAGUUAUUUUACUUCUUACACAAUGGCUCAAAUUUAAUUACAACACAGUGUUACUAAUCAUCCCAUAUCUAACAUACUAUCCAGCCAUUGUGUGUCUCUCUUGGAUUUCAGAGGUGUAAACAUAAACAUAUGCAAAGAGAAGUGUUGUUGUGCCACCAUAUUUGACUUAAACAUAUGGUGGGAACAGUUGAUCAUGAGAACAAUUCUACAUUUAUGGUGAACUUACUUGAAUAUUGAUUGUUGCUGUUUAAUUUACAGGAAGAAUUUGGACAUCUUGUACUGUUAGCAUUAUUUGACUGUGUUGAUGACACAGUGCUUGUCAAGAAGAUUAUGUUCUCGGUGAGAUGAAAACUGUUUAGUUUUUCCUCCAAGGUUAUGUAUGUGACUGAUUUUUUAGUUUAGCAUACAGUUUUGUCAAACAGGUAGUGACUCAGGUGUGUGAAAAGUGUUAAAAAAGGUUAUAUUUUGUCUCUAAACAUAGGUGAAUGGAAAUGAUGUGAUUGUUUGGAUUGAGCAUUCACCUCUCAGCACUAGCCUUCAAAGAAAUACAUUGGCAUUGGUUAGAAUUAGGACUGGAGACUUUGAGAGCACAAAAUUUGUAUAAACAAGAAGUCUAACAACUAAAAUGACCUAAAUUGGCAUUGGUUAGAACUGUUAAAUUCUGGAAGGAUGUACCUUAUCACCCCCAUCCAACUUUUUCAAAGAGCUAAACACAUGUUCUCUCUUGUCAAUUUGUUAUAAACAUUGAAGUUAUCUAGCACUUUUUUCACCGUACGUUUUACAUUUUUCAUUUUUUUUUUUUUUUUUUUUUUUUCGUUUUAUUCUCCAACUAUCCAUUUUUGUCUCUUUCCUUGUAUAAAUGACCUAAAUAAAGUUGUUAAAUAAAUAAAUAGUUCUGGACAAUGAAAAUUAUGACUUAAUGGUAUAUUUUUGUUUUUCUUGCUUGGCAGGAAAUUCAACCAUCUCUUCAGGAGUUAGCUGUGGACACUUAUGGUAGGAAAGUGUUAAUGUAUCUGCUGUGUCCACGGAGCCCCAGCCAUUUCCAUCCCACCACCGUGGAGCUGCUCAAGAAAGGAGAUGGAAACUCCAACAGGUGUAGUACCACAAGUUUUGCCUUCAAUUAUUUCUGACUUGGCAAUAAUAGUCCAAGUCUUGAUAAUAAAAAUCCACACUUAUUCUGACUUGUUAUGAACAAGAGUUUCUUAUUCUUGCUGAUCUCCUCUGAACACAACAUAAAUCCAUUCAUUUCUGCUUGGUACCAAAGAGAAUUUGUACCAGAGAUUUUUUUUUUAACAAGCAGCUGUAGGCACCCAAAUGUAAACUUUAAAUGUUUUAUCAGAUUUAUCCACUUUUUCAGGUUAUCAGUCAGGCUUUGACUAGUUAUUUGUUUCCUCAUACAUUUUUUUUUUCAUUUUUUUCAUUAUUUCAGCAAAAAAGAUUCACAUCAGAGGCAAAAUGAACUCUUGGAAGGAAUUUCACCAGCACUGUUAGAGCUGAUAGAGAAAAUUGCAGAAGAGUUUUUAUUUGAUAAAGGAGGUUGCCAACUUGUUCUGGCUGCUCUUCUUCAAUGUGCUGGUGGGUUUUCCUGAUAGUUUCAAUUUAAAUUUUUUCUCUUUUUAAGAGGUUAGCUAAGACUCCAAAUAAUUUCCUGGCUUGCACCAGUCAAGCUGUCUAGUCAAACCUAUCUUUGCUCAAACACAAUCUACUUGCAACUGGAGAAAUAACCAUUUCAUCAUGAAAUUUUCAUUGAAUUUCAGCCCCUUAUGGUAUAUUUGCCAAACUUUUCUUUCACAAUUUUGGACGCUAGUGUCCGAUUUUAGAAACUAUCAAAUUGGUUAUUACCUUAUUUCUAGAUUAAAUUGAUGACAUAUUAACUAUUUAAAUUUUUUUUCAUUUUCAAGGAGAUGUGGAGCGUGCUAUGAUGGCCAUUGUGAACUUAGCUAACAGAGAUCUUGAUCCUUCAACUGAAGAUGAAGUAAGAAGAAUCUAUGAGUUUCAUCAUUUAUUUACUUUCUGGUUUUUUAUAUGUUUGUCUCAAUCUAUUCUGGUGCCGCCUUGUGGAAGAUCACUCUUUUCUAUAGAUGCUGGUGAAUUCUUUCAGUAUUUGAAACACAAUGUUUACUUGUGACAUGCAAUUGUCUUCCGUGCAAAGGAUCAUGUUGUGAAGAGUGCUGCUGGUCAUUUCGCGUUGAAGAGGCUUAUUUACCAGGACAAGGGAAGACUACAGUCUGAAAACAAAGGUAAAAGUAUUGUUGUGUAUGUUGGAGAUUGACAGAUUCGUGCUUAAAGGUGUAUUUGUUGUCAUCAUGAGUUUGAUCAGAAAUGUGGGAAUAAAUCGGUUGUUUUUAAAGACUUGUGAUUUGUGACUUGUUCGGGAAACUAAACUAUCAUUGCUAGUAGAGGUACCAGAGCAAUGCAAAAUGCACCUUAAAGGUUUUUCAACUUUUCACGACUGUCUUUGUUUUGGUUUGUUUAUUCAAUCACUCACCCUGUGAUUCUUCCACACCCGUUCUCUUACAAGGUACAGCCAUUCUUUUGUACACGUUUUAAAGGAUAUCAAAUUUGAAUCGGAGAACCGAGAAUACUCUGCCAAUACGCAGAAUUAUAAGGGUAAAUUUCAAUGGCCUUAGCUAUAUUUCAUUUGGAUGUGGAGAUUAUUCUCCUGUUACUCUACUCGGUUCUUCUGCUAUUACAAUUCUUAACCCAACAUUAGUAUGAAUAUUAAUAUUCUUCACACUAUACUGUAUACAUUUCCUAAUGAGCUGAUUAGGAGAAUUUGUUUGGCAAUCAAGAGCUACUUUAGUUGGUGGUAAUUUCCUGUAUUCUCGUGAUCAUAAUGUUUGAUUCAGGGGUGAUAUUGUGAGAAGAAAUUAGAUGUAUGUCACUCUUGAGGGUGAAAGGGUUAAUGAAGACCCUGAUCUUAGCAUGUUCCUUUACCCAUUCGUCAUCCCAUCCUAUUUGUUUUCUACUUGUUACAAUUUGCAUUUCUCCCUCUGUUUUUUCUGUUUUUCCACGGUUUUAUCCCUUUCCUUUUUCAUUUUCUUGAAAGUUACAGUUUCUCCUGAGAUGAUUUAUUGCUUUUGCAAAAUCAAAAUAAAUUAAUGAUGUCUUUCUUGCCAUAUAGAUGAAGUGUUGUUCAGUAAACUGCUGCUUGAUAACACUGAUCCCCGGAUGUUGCUCGACUGGUGUAAGGUGAAUAGAGGGGCUUUUGUGGUCGCAAGGUGAGUCUUGUCGUUUGUCACGCAAUCUAUCUAAGAAAUAUGUUGCGUGACAACUUUAAACCGGCUACUACUUGAAUUUUGCACCCUAUUAUCUAGUACUUUAAAACUAUUUUGAAUUCAGUUUCUAGACAUUGAUUCUUUUUCUUGCAGUUUACUUGAGAGUUCCAUCCCUGGAGUUUCAGAUACAGUCAAGUCACAUCUACAACCUCGGGUUUCAAAACUGAAGAAACACGAUUCCAAAGGCGUACAAAUCGUGUUAAAACUUCUUGCUAAUUGA